UUUAACCCUGUUUAUGAUGAUUAACAUACAAAGACAGCCAUCGAUUCAGCCGAGAAUGCCGCCCCAACGAAGGGUUCGAGACCGAGCACGCAAGGUCUGCAUCAGAUGCCAUGACGACCGCAAGAGGCCCAGCUGGGGAACAGCUGUGGUAAUUGCCUACGAGAUAGCUUGCAAUGCCAGUAGGAGUUUGCCGAACCAUGGCCCGAAUGCCGGGCGUCAGCAUGCAUCCCUUCCUAAUGAACCAUGGCCCGCGACGUUGGCCCAGGAGACUGAUGGAUCCUGCUUGAACGAUCGUGAACAUUCCAGGACUUGCGCCGCGAGCAAUCAAAAGCUCCACGGUUAUAUUGGAGACCAGUCGGUGCUGUCCUGCGCGUCUGAGCCGACGGUCUUGCCUCCAAAGGCUUUGCGAGAGGUAUUAGUGGAGUUUUAUCGCAAAAAUCUAUUUGUCUUGGUUCCUGUCAUCGAUCAACGGGAUAUCGCCCUCCUGGAUUCCUCGCUUUUGUUACAGCAGGCUGUUUACUUUGCUGGAAGCCUCACAUGUCAUAUACCGGACUCGACGCCGUUCUCGCCAGAGGAUAUCUACUGCCGCAUCAAAACACUGCUCUUCCUAAAUCAUGAAAAGGACCCUUAUGUGACUCUCAAAGCACUUUGCUUGGUGGGUUGCUGGAAUUCCGACGCUCCUCAACUGGUUUCUUUCUCUGGAUUCAUCAUGGCAAUGGUCUGGUAUGGCGAUCAGGCUUGCAUUACAACUGGGGCUACAUAG